UUUUAUUAGUCUGUGCUUGGUCUGUGCUAGUCUGUGGCAUGUAGGAACAAGAUUAUAGCCGGAUUUUUUUCCAAAAAUUUGUAAAAUACGAAUAAUAAUUAUAUACCUUUAUGAUCUGAACGGUGAACUACACAAUGAACGGUGGUCCCAGUGGCGAAGGUGCAAAAAUUGAACAAGUUGUGACUUCUGCUGGUAAUUCUUGGAUAAUAUGCAGGUCUAAGUCACACUCAGGUCGGAUAUAUUAUUUCAACACUUUAACAGGAGAAGCAGCAUGGAAUUUAAGUGAAGCAGAGAUUGAAAAGGCAAAACACAGGACAAAGGACCUUGCUAGCCAUGCAGGUAUUGAUGGUUGUCCAGAACCUAAAGAACCACCAACAGACAAUCCAAAUGAUCUGCCUGACCUUCACAGGAGACAGAUGUCUGAAUGUAUAAAUAAUAAGUUCCCUACACAGCAAUACCAACAAUCUCCUAUUAUUGUUCCUUCGUAUGGUCUUGUUGCAAACCCUAUGAAUUCAUUGCUUCCUUUUGGUAUUAAUGCACAAAACAAUAAUUACAACAGCAAUGUGUGGGCAGUGCGACCUCAGAUUUAUAUAGCUCCAUCCAUGUCUUUGUACAAUCAACCCGAACCAUCAUACCAUGUAGGCUAUAGGAGACAACAUAUUCCAGCAGCAAGUACCUCUACUUACCAUUCAGAUCGCUUCCAACACACGAGAAACACAACAUUUAAAACACCACAUAGACAUUUUGAAAGGAACUUUGGACAGAGGAAAGACAAUAAGUUUGUACAAUGGGACUUGCAGAAGAAUUCAAAAUCCAACUUGGGCAGUAAUGACUUAAGAAAAUACUUAAGAGCUAAAAAGCAUCAGAAAACCUUAAGCCAAUAUGAAAAUACUGAAUUGAAAGAUGGUCACAACAGUCAAAAACCGGAAGCAGUCAGUCAGCGUGACUGUAAUGAGAAUCAAAAUGAGAAGGACGACCAUGGCGAUGCAGACAAUGACUGGUUAGAGGACAACAUUCUCAUUGAAGGAGGCCAGUUAAAAUUUGAUGUGACUAAUCUUAAAAAGCUGGCUAAACCAAACACAGAUCCCGCCUGUUGGUACAUUGCGGCUGAUAAGGAUAUAUUACUGAACAACUUAACCUUUCUGAAAAUUCUUUGCCAAUCAGACGAGGUCUGUCAUGUAAUGGUGCCUGAAAAGGUUGAGCUGGAGCUUCGUGAAGUCGCACGCGAGGAUACUGGCCGGAUGGGCAAGCGAGCCCGCCGUGCUUGCGUCUUCCUCUUGCAACACCAGGAUGCUGGAUUCGCUGUUAUAGGCAAAGCAACUUGUGACGCGGACAACACGAGAAGCCAAUACCUUAUUAACUGCUGCAAUAACUUGUCAGAGCAGAAUUUCCAUGUAAUACUACUCUCUAAUGAAAAUGAACUUAAAAAUCUGAAAAAUACCUCAAAGGUACCUAUUUUUACGAUUACUGAAAUAAAGGAAUUCAUGGCGAAGCCUUUCAUAGAUAACAAUGUAACUAAAGUUAAACCACCUGAGAAAUUUGCACAGGCACCUAUAAGAAUAACAAUAUCUAAUGAUUUAAACGAAACUGGUACUAAAGACACUAGUUUUACUGACAAAGCAAAUCGGAAAACUGAAGCUAAGACUGAAGUUCCUUUGGUAGACACAUGCAAUAAUACUAAAAUAGCAGAGCCCGAAAGUGUUAGCAAUGUGUCUGAUUCUGGAUCAUCAUUGAAAUGUAUUGCUGAAAUAGGAAUUCAGACAGACAUACCUUUCUCAGCUGCGGAGCUUCCGAAGACGACUGAUAUUGUGGUGAACUUUUCGAAACCUGAUGAGUCUAGACAUGUUCCAACAGUUUCUGAUCCAAAACAGGCUAAUGGCAUAAGCACUAAAACUAGACGGCCAAUACGACUAAAUAGAAGCGUAUCUAAUAAAAGUUCAGCUGGCAGUGAAGAUAAUACCGAACAAAAUAAACAAUUCAAGUGGCGAAAAAGAAGAAAUGUGCUAAGCACUCCAACAGAUGAUUCGAAUUUGUCUUCGGUCAAAAGUUGUACCGUUACACAGAGCAGCAAAGAACCUGCGAAAAUUAAUGAUAAUACCGAUACUGAAAAUAAAAAUUCAAACCUUGAAACGGUACAACAGUUACCGCACGACAGGUCCAAUGACUCUAGCAGUAAACGCACUAACGAUGACAACGCAGACGGCAGUGAAACCAGUAGUAUAGUAAACAGAAACACGACAAACGAUAGAAUUAUCAUCGAAGAAACAUCCACAUCUGGAGUUAUAUCAAAUACAGUUAGUACUGUCGAUUCAGAGAGUGAAAGCGAGAGGAGAUGUGUAUUAGAUCACAGUUGUAAUGAAAUAAAUGAAACAGACACCUACAAAAGUGUGAUGUUUGAGGUAAAGGAUAAGAAAAUGGAGGAUUAUUUGAAAAUCAAGUAUGAUGAAUGGAUUUCGCGCUUUAUUCAAAUAAUGGAAGAAGUUCUAACGCAAGUGUUGCGGCAAAAUAAGAGUUUUCUUUGUAAAGUUGUAUACAAGUUGUACGGCGGCGGGCCGUGGACGGUUCGUGAUGCUGCAGCGUGUAUUAAAAUCAGGUUCCGUUGCGACAGUAACGUCGUGGAAGCUGCCAAUAAAUUAAUAAACAUUUUUGUAACAAUAAGUGACGAUACAGGCAGAAUUACUACGAAUUUAUGCCCCUCGAAGUAUAUGCAGAUGUACAGUUAUGGUGUGAAUAUAGUCAACGCACUGCAGUCGGUGAUGUAUGAUUGUGAAGAUUUAGAAAUUGCAUCUCAGUCGUUGGCGAAGCUAUUGAAUGAUAUUCAGAAUCCUCAUUUGGAUUCCAGUCAUAAUGACACAUUUGCUGACAACAUCCAUGAAUCCACUGGCGAAGUUGAUGAAGUACCUCGCUUGACAGAAAAUGUUAUACAUGAUAACUUUGAGCCUGAUUGUGUAGAAAAGUCGCCUGAAGGUCCCAAGAAAUACAAUUUAAGGUCGAAGAGUAGGCUAUCGCAGAGUCAAGAUAACUCACCUGUUAAAUUACUCCAGACCGCAGAUAAACAAGACUCAUUUUUCAUGAGUCUGAAUCUUAAAAAGAAAUCAGACGAAAUUAAUAAUCCUAAUGUAGACAAAGGGUUAUCGCUGAAUUCUGAAAAUGUAACUGAUCAUACUGAAGAAUCUGUUAAAGAACUUGAAAAGUGUAGAGAUAAAUCCACAGCUAGCUCCAGUUACGUAAAUAAUAAGAAUAAUGCUGUAAGAGAACCGUUAGAUUUGGACGAGUUGGAUUAUUCGGCGUAUUAUGAGAAGGUUGAUAAUUCUGAUAAAUUAAGCGAGGUUUCUGACGAAUACUACAAAAAAGAAUACACUGAAACACUACAAGGAACUGUAGGAAAUGAAAAUAAUUCUCGAGAUGACCGGGAAUGUGAUAUCGGUGGUAGAACCGAUGUAAAGGAUGAUAUGAAACCAAGUGAGGAUGACACAAAUAAAGCUUUAAAAGUCCUUUUUAGUAAGAUAAUAAGAGAGGUUAAGCAAGCUUUGGUAACCGUACACACAUUCUGUGUAAAUACUCAUAAAGAACUGCGUGACACUGAAAUUGUAAACGGAAGAAAAAUUGAGAUGCUUAAGGAGACUGAGGAAGCACAAAUGGUUAUCGAUAAACUAUGCAGGUCACUUACCAGCGUGUUCCACCGAGAAAACUACACGCCUGAAAAUAACAUACGGUCUAUUCUGAAACGAGCAGGGAUUAUCGAUUCCGGCAUCGACUGCGCUCAGUUGUGUGAAUACAGGGAUGCUAUAGGUAAAUGUUUAGAUCAGGCUAAACUGCUUCAAACGUCUGUGAGCCUUAUACAAACUGCUAUCAAGAAUGUACCCAUGUAAUAGAACAGCAAUAAAUACUGCGAUAGAUAAAUUAAGAUAAUAAAAAAGUAAU